GAAACGUUUAUUAUGAUUUUAAAAAGUGAAUUUGCGGCCAAAAACUCAUUCUUAAAUUAAAAUAGCGACAUGUGUAUACUUUGGCCGGUAGAGGGCAUUGAAGAUCUUAAUUUCUAUAUUCCGAAGAAAACAAAUCGCAGAUGAAAACUUUCCCGAUUGUCCGAGCCCAUACGUCAUGGAAAGAGUUACAUUGUUAGACAGCCGAAGAAUCGCUGCUAAGAAAUAUGAUUCCUUGAUACAUUCUCCACAUGCGUGCACAAUACUGAAGAAUACAGAGGGAAUACGAACGGACUUAAAUUCAUAAUUUAAGAAACCGGUAUUAAAGAAGUGUUUUCUCCUUCGAAAAGGGAUCAAGAUUACAAAGGAAUGUGGAUCGAGCCCACAAUGCACUAGGGAUUUAAACUGCUUUUGAAGAGUGCGUUGGACGUUUUCAGCCGGACUACAACUUUAUUUUAAAACCUGUUUCUAAGACUAAAGCCUAUGCACUGAUAAUAUGUGAAGAAAAAAAAACUUUUUAGCAACAAUUUUCCUAUAUCGGCUCAUUUUUUCAUAGAUGAAACUGGAACUUUUUGAAAAUUUUAGGGAUAUAUUUUUCCACAAUUGGAAGUCAAAUAACUGGAUGUCCUGACAACUGCUGUUAAUCUGCUUGAAGUAAAGGUUGAAGAUCAAUAAAUAUUUGAAGCGGAAGCUGGGUUUCAAGAGAGGUCAGGUUUACAGUAACAUGGGAAUAGUGCAGUGUAGUAAUAUUUCAGGGUUAUGAAAUGUCUAGCAUGUCAUUUAGUGAUCUUAAUUUAGUUUUCUAAUGUGAUAUCAGGUAAAAUGAGGUCUUCAUUCGGAUUCUUUUACGUUUUUUAAAAAAUAAUCUUCGUAGGGAUGUGGUAACCAAAUGAUUUGUUGUGAUUUGUGUACUCGUCGAAAGAUUCCAUAGAGACGUUGGUGGGAAAAAGUUUUAGCAUGCACUUAUUUCAAGGAUUGUUGUGUGGUUAUGAGGUCAAUCAAGUUUUUUUUUUUUUACCGCAGUAUAAAAAAUAGUUUACGUGGUGUCAUUGCAGGUGGCAACAAAGGAAGAAACUUCGCACGAUUAUUGUUAAAAUGUUAACUACGUUAAUAUCGGAACACCUUGUAUGAUUUGGAUUACUGUUGUGAUUAUUGUAUGUUAAUUCUGAUUGUUAAAUUUUAGCUUCAGCAAUUCAAUGAGCACUGGUCAAAGAGGCAGAGAUUGAUCUGCUAGAAAUAUCACUUUUUACUUUUUGUGAUAUUGAAAAAGUGUUAAUGACACAUUUAAACCGACAGGUAUUUAUAAUAGGCUGCAUGGUUUUGUACAGAGGCGGAGACGUUAGGUAGUUGCAUGGUUUCAGUCUUAAAUACACUGUUGUCUCUUGUAAACAAAUAGCGUAACAAUCGCUCCGUAUUUUUACUACUUGUUAGCUACACGAGUCACUUGCUAGUUUUGUAGCCAUUUCAGCUACCUUAAAAUAGAUAUCCUGUCCUUUGUAAUGCUGAAAUCGGUACAUUUCAGCUGAGGGCUAGGGAACGUCUUUUUUAUCUAAUACAGAGCAACAGCUGUUGUUUGACAGUGACCGAAGACUUCCAUUGAUUUAAAAAAGGGAUUUGGGUUGAAAAGGAAUGUUGAGUUGGUAAGUGAAAGUAGACUUAAAUGGCGAUCUGUUGCGUGAGGAAAAAGUAACUUUAAAAUCAAAUUGACUUUUCAGAUUAUCAGGAGACAUAAGCAUCAACCAAAAUGUCCUUGAAAGCUAAGGCACUUUACACCUUCCAGAGUGAAAAUAAGGAAGAGAUCAGCAUCCAGGAGAAUGAAGAACUUAUUAUUUUUGAUGAGAAUUCCUUAGACGGCUGGCUUCAAGGCCAAAACAGUAGAGGGGAACGAGGUCUCUUCCCAGCCUCUUAUGUUGAAAUCGUAAGACCCCGGACCGAUUCCAAUCUAACAGAUUACUCAAUCAGCCCUGCAAGCUCACCCAGCAAUAACUCUUCCUACUUUGAUUCUGCUCAUCAUACCUCCUACCAUCUGGGGAGCUAUGAGGAAGAUGAUGACGAUGACUGGGAUGAUUGGGACGAUACUUCCACAGUAGUGGAGGACGAGGAGACUCGGCGAGGAUAUGGCGCUAAUGGACAUGCUCACCAAACGCCCCAUUCAAAUCCUAAUGUCCACUAUCGACCCAAACCCCCCAUGGAGAGACAGGACAGCAUUUCCAGCUCCAGGAAGGGAAGUGUGGUGGGCAGGAAUCUCAACCGGUUCUCCAGUUUUGUCCGCUCUGGUGUUGAGGCCUUUGUGCUUGGAGAUGUGCCCAUGAUGUCCAAGAUUGCGGAGACGUACUGCAUUGAGAUGGGCUCGAAAGGCCCCCAGUGGAAAGCUAAUCCCAGGCCCUUUUCCUGUUCUAUUGAGGACCCCACAAAGCAGACAAAGUUCAAGGGCAUCAAGACCUACAUCUCCUAUAGGGUGACACCAAGCCACACAGGUAGACCUGUCUACCGCCGCUACAAACACUUUGACUGGCUCUACAACCGGCUUCUACACAAAUUCACAGUAAUAUCUGUGCCCCACCUGCCGGAAAAGCAGGCCACAGGACGGUUUGAAGAGGAUUUUAUUGAGAAACGCAAAAGGAGGCUGAUUCUGUGGAUGGAUCACAUGACCAGUCACCCAGUUCUCUCCCAGUAUGAGGGCUUUGAGCACUUCCUUAUGUGCGCGGAUGACAAGCAGUGGAAGUUGGGCAAGCGACGGGCCGAGAAGGAUGAGAUGGUGGGUGCCACCUUCCUGCUCACCUUCCAGAUCCCCAGUGAGCACCAGGACUUGCAGGAUGUGGAAGAGAGGGUGGACUCCUUCAAGACAUUCACGAAGAAAAUGGACGAUAGUGUAAUGCAGCUCACCCAUGUGGCCUCCGAGUUGGUGCGCAAACAUGUGGGCGGCUUCAGGAAGGAGUUCCAGAAACUGGGCAAUGCAUUCCAGUCUGUCAGCCAGGCCUUCACCCUUGAUCCUCCCUACAGCUCCGAUGCCCUCAACAAUGCUAUUUCCCACACGGGCCGCACAUAUGAGACCAUUGGGGAGAUGUUUGCAGAGCAGCCCAAAAAUGACCUCUUCCACAUGCUGGACAAGCUCUCGCUGUACCAGGGACUGCUCUCCAAUUUCCCAGACAUUAUUCACCUCCAGAAAGGUGCUUUUGCAAAGGUGAAAGAGAGCCAGCGGAUGAGCGAUGAGGGCAAGAUGGACCAGGAGGAAGCGGAUGGGAUCCGGAAACGCUGCCGUGUGGUGGGUUUUGCCCUGCAGGCUGAAAUGAACCACUUUCAUGACAGGCGGGCCGUUGACUUCAAGGAGAUGAUGCAGGCCUAUCUGAGGCAGCAGAUCGCCUUCUACCAGCGCGUGGGGCAGCAGCUGGAGCGAACCCUGCAUAUGUACGACAACAUCUAAACCCGGACACCUGUGAAAGCUCACCUGCUCCUGCGCUCUCCACUCCAUCUCUGUCUCCAGUUUAGGGAGCUCUCUGAAAUCCUGUGGAAUCCUGGCCAUAGGGCUGCUGAAAACAACAAAAGCUUCCAUGCCAUGAAAAAGGCUUAUAUGGUCAUGCUUUACACGUGCCUCUUUUAAUAGAUGUCUUAAGAUUUGCUCCUAGGAUUACAGUAAAUGGUAUCCCAGAAAGAAACAAAAAAUGGGGAAAGCACAAAAGGAUUCAUCUUCACUGCUGUGCCUGUCGAUGCACUUUUGGAUAAUCACUUUACUUAAUUAUUUUUGUUCUGGGUUUUGUAAAAGGUUCGCUCAAGCAGAUUGUACUUUUGAUUGUCCUGCAUAUAUGCUGUAUAUAUGUUUGAACUGUAUAUAUAUUUGAACUGACACUUCAUUGUUUUCAAUUAUGGGGCUAGACCUGAACACUUCCAAGUCUUGCAAUGAGGGAUAUCUACCAUUUUACAAUGAACUGUGUAAUGUUGACAUUUAGAUUAUUUUCCUAUGAGACAAUACCUAAAUACCAGCACGAGGCUUUGAUCAAAUUCCAGUUGACACUUAAUAUACAUGCCUCUUAUUUAUGAAUUAUGUAUGCUCCAGGGGAAAAAGUGACCUGCUCGUUUUUGGAUGGCAAUAAAUUGGCACAGGACAUCUGACUAUACGUGUUCCACAAAUGACCAUAUUUUGUGGCUAAAACUGAAUUUGCAGUCAGAGAAGAGGGCUGGUCUGUGAAACACCGUCAUCUUGUGUUCCUCUAGAACGUAUAAGGAAAUAGUGGGCCAGAUGCUCAGGUGUGCACUGCAUUCGAUACCAAAAUCUUUAUGAGAGUGGAAUUGCGAUGCAAAAUGUAAAUGUUGCCUAUGUUAUGAUAUUAUGCCUUCCUGGGUAAUUAGACUAUAUCAGGGUCAUGCCGAUAUCUUUGAAAGUCACUACUAAAGUACUCAAAUAAAAGAAAACAUCUUUCUUCUGAUCAUUUUGAAGCUGUGCCUGAAGGAAUCCAUAGACUCUAGGUAAAGUAGGAAAGUGGGAAGCAAGUUAGGUGGAUUACUUUUUUAAAACCUGUGUUAAGAUCUUGAGCUGUUUUUAUUUAUGCUCAAGGGCAACUGAAGUCUUGUCACUGCAAGGAUUCUCUUCCUCAGUUGGUUCAUCUUAGACAAACCCUUUGGUUUGUUCAAAUAUUAUGGGGUAAUCUAUUUCUUUUAAAAAUAUAUCCUUCAGAACCACAUAAGUGACUUGAAAUACAUUUCAAGUGCACAGUUAGAAUGUGAACUUGGUGUGUUGUAAAACCAAAAUAUGAGGACUGCUCUUUGUCACACAGGGUUCUUGUUAGUCAAAAGAAAUCUUUCGUCAUAUUGUAUACAACAGAAAGUUAUGGUUAUAUAUUAUAAGUGUAUUAUCUUAAUUGUUCCAUGUCAUUACAAGUAAUUACUGCCAUUGCAGAACUUCAUAGUUUAAGGAAAAGAAAGAUUUAUAAGUGUUUUCUGAUCUUGGAUUUUGACCUUUGUAGUUUACAUAAUAGGCCGGCAUGGUGGGUCUAGUUAUAGAAUAAUACAUCUAUUGUGUGGAAAGUGUGAUCCCCCUGUGGUAGCUUGGGGUGUCUCCCAACGUCCAAUGCCAUAUUAUCCAGGUUAAUUGGAGUCUCUAAAUUGUCCCUGUGCAGGUGCACUGUGUGAUGGACUGUGGUCACAUCUAGUGUAUAGCUCUCCUUGCACCCUGUGUUUCUAAAGCUCCUGUUCCUUACUAGGAAUAUGUGGCUUUCUGAUAGUAGAUGGGUUUACAUCCAUUUUCUAACUGCUUCAUUGUUGCAGAGAAGCUGGAGCUUAUCCCAGCAAGCAAAAUAUUCAAAGCAGGGUACACACUGGAUGGGAUGCCAGUCUGUCUCAGGGCACACACAAACAUGCUCACUCACACGACAGAGCCAAGGUUUUCCUGAAGCAAAUUCACCUACCAGCAUGUCUUUGGACUUUGCUCUCCAGUGCAACAGUGCCGCCCAAGAGAUUAAUUUAUGAACUAAAAACGCUGAAGUUGUUUUAAUUUCUUGAAAAUUCUUGCUUUUCCUUAAGCAAUUGUAUUUUGCUUUGGUGGUUUUAGCUGUGCUAAUUUUGAAAUUGCAUAUUGAAGCCUCUACCACAACUAGGAACAUUCCUUGAUAAUAUAUUGGAUUCCUUUGAGAGAUGAUGAAGCGAGAGGAUGAAGAUGACAAGAGAGACUUGAAAGUGAUUUUCUUAAGACACACGUGAAGCCUCAGUCAUGAUGUGGUCUAAACGCAGCAAUGUGUUUUUGUGAAGACUACCAGGCAUGCAAAAGAGUGGAUUUAAUGUGGAUGGACCAACUACAAAACAGACCAAGGAUUUUUGUUGUAUUUUAUUUCUUAGAGAAGCAGCAGGAAAAAAUGUAUGAAAAAUAACUGUUAAAGUUUUCAAAUGAAGCAUGGUUUUACAGAGAGGGAAAUCGUUGAAAGUCUUAAUAAAAAUGAUAAUUGAUCAGU